AUGUUAGGAAGCGGAAAACCCUCUGAGAACAUGGUGUUGGCAGAAGCAUUAAAUUUAUUACAACGAUCUAGGGAUCAGGAUCAGGAGGUAAAUAGCACAAACUAUAAGCCUUCGUUAUAUGACAAUAUUGUCAAAGGUCCAGCGCAAGAACAAUACAGCGACCUAAUUCGAACUCCUAAGAUAGAAAACCGCAAACAAAAACAAAGAAUCAGUGAUCAAUUUAUUUCGAACUUAUUGUCAGGUAUUAAGUCAAGUGAAGUGAGCGAUGUGGCUGGAGCUCUUGAUUUCGCUGACCUUUAUAAUAUGAAUUCACGGGAAUUAUCAUUAUAUAUCAAAAGCGUGAAGCUGGAACAGAAGUUGUUUGAGAUUUUGGAGACGUUUUAUUACAAUGAUCGGUUGACCUUUAAUGUAUUGAGCAGUAUUGUCUUGAACAAAGCAUUAGUGAACAUUGACAAAGCUCCUAUAGACUUGGUGAAUAUUAAAAACAAUCGAUUAUUGAAAUUGGACCCGCUAGGGAUAACUAUGUUCAAUAUCGUAUUAUUGGGGAAAUACCAUUCAUUACACCAACCUAUGACUGUCCUUCGCAACUUGAAACAAAACUUCAAUGACGUUUAUCUUCCUUUGAUUAAGAAGCAUAAAUUGUCUGCAUUCUACGAGAGGAUAGUAUGGAGAUAUACUUUUGAGUUUUUAAAACAAUUCGACGAGCUACAUUAUUUGCAAGAAAUCAAUCGCGUAAAGUCUGGUUUUGUAAUUUUGGAAGCAACAACGAAAUCAAGCACACCAAUUGCUAAGUAUAUGUUGGAAACGUAUGGGGAAUCAUUAACAGAAUUACAAACUAUUUUUUUGAAGAUAUUCACUAAUCCUUACAUAGAACAACGUAUAAUUAAGGAGUUGGAGUCACCAGGAAGAUCCAAAACAUGCAUUGCAUUACAAAAAUUAUCUGUAAAACACCACAUGUGUACUUUGAGUCAAAUUCCAAAGGAUCAAUGGUCUAGACGAGCAUGUUAUGCCUUGGUUGCCGAUUUAGAACAAUUUAUUGUUGAACUGUUGGAAAUAUCGAAUGACAAGGAGUUGCAGGGGCUUGGUAAUGAGUUGAAGACAUAUCACAUGAAGAUAAUAACGAGUCAGCAAAGCGAAAUAUCGGAAAGUAAAGAAGCUUUAGAUGAUUUUUUUAAUGUUCUCCAGGUUAAGGAGGGGUAA